AUGUGCCGACAGAAGCUGAGCAGCAACAAGAACCGGCAGAAGUUCCCGCUCCGCCCAGACGAGUCUGCGCCCGCAGAUUCGGCUGCCGUUGCUAAGCCGGCACCCGCUGUCAAAGGAGAGACGUCCACUGAAGACGACAAAGGUGAGGAAGUAGCAACUACUGCUGCUGAAGCAGAUGUCAAGGAGGUUGUGGAGACCGGAGAGGAACAGAAGCCUGCAUCCGAGUCGCAGCCCGCGCCGAUAGACUCGACAUAG